UCGAUCGUUUUCCGUUUCGGUUUCCAUUUCGUUGGCGCUUCAUUUAACACAACCGCUUAAAUUGAAAACCACCUUCGAAUCGAUCUAAAUUUAAUUGUGUUUUGUUUUGUUUGUUGAUUGUCGCGUUGCACUUGAUUUAUUUACUUUUUUGUUGUUGUUUUUGUUGUUGUUGCUGUGGUUCGCUAAUUGCCUGAAUGGCAAAGGCAAAGUGCAAAGUGUGACAGUGCAAGAGAUAAAGAGCCAGUGCGAGGGUGAGAGAGAAGAAACCAGGCCUAAUCCUCGCAACCUGGAGCCGUGAAUCGCGCUCUGCGAUGUGGUGCGAGCUCUGGACUGGCCGCCGAGGAAUACCACAAACUGGAGCUGGAAGUGCGACGGGAAUCGGAAUCGGGACUGAGAUUGGAACGAAAAGUUGGCGAGGAACUGGAGGGCAGGGACAAGAACGGGGCAAGCAGAUGUAGUCGGCAGUUAGAGCACAGCCACCGUUGCCACCGCCACCGCCAGAUGAUCGAAUGGUGGUGAUCCUCCUACUGUCGCCAUGCACUUGCAGCCGCAGCAGCAGCAGCAGCCACCACGCCCACGACCACGCCCAUGAUCCUGCCUACGCACCACCACCACCACCACUACCCAAGCACCAUUACCACGCACCGCUACCAGAACAACAACAGCAACCGGCAGCCAAAAAUGGAGAUUCUCCGAGCAGCAAUGAAUCUUCAUCGGCAUCCACGGGCGACACAGCCAUUCCGGCUGGAUAUCUCCAUUUGCACCAACAGAAACAGAAUCAGCAGAAUCAGCAACAGAAGGAUCAACAGUAUCGAAAUCCCCACCAACCUAGUCAUAGUCAUAGCACAGCACCACUGCCCACAGUUUUCGGUCAUGGUAGAUGGUUGCCCCUGCCCCUGCAACAACCGGCUAAUGUCGUGCCCAAGCCACCGCGAUCCCAUGGCAUCCAUUGGCCAACGAAUGUUUAUCCUGCCCCACAUAGCAGCCACCAUCAGCCACCGAUCAUCUUUCGCGUCCAAUCGUCACUGCCUAAUGGGAGCUUUACUAAUGCCACCACCACCACAACCACCACCACUGACUACGUGCGUCACGUGACCCGCGUUAACUUCUACGACAUUGAUACUUCGCAGGUCGAAUUCGAGCCCAAAGAUGACGAGGAGAGCAACGAGGCCACGGCAAGCAAUUGCGAUACAGAAGCUAUUACCAAAGAAGAGGAGUGGAUAACGAAGCGCAAGACAGAACUCACAACUACCAGACAGAUCGAAACGAGGGUGAAGCGGCAGGUGAAGCUGCAGGAUGGCAAGGUGAUCGAGGACUCCGGUCCCAUUGUCUCCACCAAUACCACCGAGGACACCGACAAACAGGAAACGGAAACCACUGAGAAACGCGACCUUGAUCUGCCGGAUGACCUUGAUGGCAAUGCCCAGCUGAUCGAUGUGGCCGCCCUCCAAGCUGGCGCCGCAAAUGAGACGCAGUUGGCCCAAAUACAAGAGGUCUUUGGACCGGCAGAUGGAGCGGGAAAGUUGGUCAAGCGAAUGGUACCACGUCCGGUGGAUGGACUAGUGCGACAGACGGACGACAAAAGGGUCAUCUCGCAUGAAGAGAUCAAGGACUAUCACGAAACGGAGGAUGUCAAGCACCACGGCGAUUUCACAGAUCAGACCUACGUGAAAGCAGUUCGCGACGGAGUCGAAGACCUAGAGGCUGUGCUCUGUUCCCCAGAAAGCCAGCGGCAGUUGGUGCCAUUGGGACCACAGGUGGUGGCCAAUCGUAGCAAGUCCCGCAAAACCAUCGACUCGGAGGAUACACAGAAGCGUUGUUUGGCCCAAGAGGACGGUACCCUGGUCACCGAGAGCAAACGGACCACCGAACACGAACUGAUCAUCGACGACGAACUGCCCGAUCCGCCAACUGCCGGAGCUACCGAUGACCGUGGUGGCCUGCAGCUUCAGGUGGGCGAGCAGGUGACCACAACGGCGGCCAACCAGCGAUUCUUCCGCCAACGGGACGAACAGCAUGUGGACGUGCUAGCCAACGGCCGGCUUCAUUCCACCGAGAUGCGCUACGCUGCCGAGACCACGCAGAUGGACAAGGACGGUCCUGCCGAACUGGAGCGUCCGGGCGACUGGGAUAGCCUCUCCGACCGGAUGCGUAAGCUUCGCCGCUCCCAGCAGCAGCAACAGAAGGAAGUGGCCCUGCUGGCGGAUCGCAAGGAUGCACUCACCAAGCGACCCCUGGACUUCGAUCGCGAAGAGGAGACACGCAAGGGCGAGACGAUGAAGUGGCUGGAGUCGCACUUCGGCAGCGAGUCCACGGCAUCCAAUGAUUCCCGCGACGACGAGGCCGAUGCGGAGGUGGAGCCCACCAAGAAAAGUUACUUUAAUGUGACGAUCAAGUCGCAGAGCCAGCCGCAGGCGCACAUUCAUGCCCAAUCUCACCUGGCCACCCAGCAACAUCCACAUCCGCAGCACAUCUCGCAUGCCCAUCAUCCACAAACUCUGCCCAGGAGUGCAGAAAGGGAAAGGGAGCGUGAAAGGGAGAGGGAACGAGAACGGGAGCGGGAACGCGAACGGGAAAGGGAUCGUCAUCCCUUGGCGAUGAACACAUCGGCCACGUUGGAACGGAAGCCGCCAACCAAUUCGGCAGGAGGUCGUUCCAAAUACUUCCAGGGCAUCUCAAACUGGUCGGAACGCAAAGAUCCCGGUCCACCGGUCAAUCACUUCUCCUCGCAAGCCUUUCGCGACGAUCUACAGGAGACCAUCCGUCGGAAUGGCCUCAAGAAGAAGGUCAGCGGUCCCGGCUCCAGUCAGGGAUCCGCUCUUGGCCCAGAGACAACGGGCCAGCCCAAGGAUAGCUAUGUCAGUCGUGAGGAUAUACUGCAGCAGAAGCGCCAGAGCUUGUCCUCGCAGUUUCUGGCCCGUUCGAUGCGUGGCUCUCGCGAUGCUUUAGAUGAUCUCGAGGCCAUACCGGGACCAGGACCAGGUCCAUCUAUGAUAUCACCCCGCGCCGAGGAGCCGUCGCACAAAAGAGUGGCCUACGGUCAUCGUGGCAGCAGCAACACUGCCAGCAACCUCAAUGGUCAUGCGGUGAAUGGUGUGGCCCCCGUUAUGGUAAAUGGCCGUGGUAAAAGCUAUGAACCAGUUGCUCCACCGCCAGCUGCAGUUCCUCCAAUGGAGUUCGGCGGGAAUAGCGGCAGUGGCAGCCAGCUGGGCCUUAAUUCGCGACCCACUGUCCCGCAGCGACGACGUGCCAUCGAAAAGAAGCUAGGCGAGCACAGCCACAGCCAUUCAACCCACACAUCGCAUACCGCCCAUCAUCCAGUCAAGUCGCAGGCUCCGCUGCCAUCGCAGGUUAGCCAACUGGAGCCACCUCCGGACUACUCACCGCCGCCUAGAAGUCGCAGUCGGUCAUCUUCGCCGCAGGUUGAUUAUCUGAUGACCAGGGAGAUGCCUGCCAGCACGAUGACCCUCAGCCGUAAGCAACAGCAACGGACUCGAUUCGCUCCCACAUCCAGUUAUCCACCGGCAACUGGUGGAGCUGGUAACCUUCGACCACCUGGAGCCACUUCAGCCUCCACAUCGAAUCUCUCGGCCAUGAGCGGAGGCGUCAGUACCUCCAAGUCAAGUCGCAUGGGUCAGGUCAUUGGCAAUUCACUGCGUAAACUGGUCAGCAAAAUCCGUUCGGCCAGUGCUGAGCGCAAAUUCCGCAUGAAAUCGGCGGCCAGCAAAUCGCGUGAGCAAUCGCCCAGUCCAGGGCAUGAUCCCCGGGGAGUUGGUCCCCCUGUGACCACCUAUCAGCAGUACAAUGUAAUCGAUGGGCAUAUUGGUAGCCAUGAUUCCGAGGAUUCCAAUAGCGAUAAUCAGCGGCGGAGGGAAAGGGAAAGGGAGAGGGAAAGGGAGCGCGAAAGGGAAAGAGAACGCGAUCGAGAUCGGGAACGUGAUCCUCUCAAGCAGGAGACCCAAUCGAGGCAGAACUUCAAGCGGGCCGAGUCUGCAGAUCCCCAGCUGCAGCACUUGGAACAGGCCAUAAGUCCCAGGCAGCGAUACUAUCUGGGCGAAGAUCCCUACUCCAGCACUCUGUACGGGAAGGAGAAUAUGUAUGAAAGGCGACCACGUCAGAGGAACAUGGAGCGUCCGGAUGAGCGAAUGGAACGAUUAGAGCGCUUGGAGCGAGAGGAUGACUACUAUGAGUCCAGGGCUCCGCCGCCAGUGACGGCUGCCCAUACAUUGGGGCGUUACCAGAAGCAUGGCCAGCGUUUCAGUGGCUCUACUCCCAAUCUGCACCAGCAGCAGCAGGAUUACCGUUCAGCCCAGACUUUGCCGAGAAAAUUGCACGAGCAGCGGACCCAGAGAUUUGGUACCGCCAUGGAGAAGCAAACGCCACCGGGCAGAGGCAACUAUAUACCAGCCUCAGGGCAGCAACAACAGCAAAGGGGUAUUCCCCAGAACCAGAAUCAAAAUCCUAAUCCAAGUCCAAACCCAAAUCCUAGCCAGAUGCAGACGCAGCAAGGACCGGCGAAACCUGCUCGCACCUACGCCAAGGUUCUGAAUCGCAGCAAGAGCUUCAAUGUGCACGGCAUGAAUGGCAGCAACGAUCCUAGUCCCAUCUACAUCGAGAAACUCACCCGGAACAACUAUCAGCCCCGACAGGAGCCGAGUUUUGGCUAUGGUCUGGGACAGGGACCCAACGCCAACUAUAAGUCCAAUCCGCAUCUCUUCUCCGGCAAGGACAACUCGCUGAAAAGCGGCCUCAAGAGUCCAUCGAUUGUGAAUCUCAUUAGUCGCAGCCAAAAGGAUUUGACCAAGAUCGCUGGCAACGAUGAGGACGAGGGCAACUAUCCGGAGCAGGACAAGAAGCAAUUGUAUCUGCGGGGUUUGCAUCAACAGGCACCGGAUCUAUACCGGGUUAUCCAUGGUGACGAGGAGUACGGAUCCAGAAAGUAUCCACUACAAGCCAAGUAUUCACUGGACUCACGUUCACCGCCAUCCGUGGAGCUCAACAAGGACACGGCCAGCAUUGUUCGGCGCAGCAGCGAGGUGGACCAUCAGCAGAGCCAUCACCAUCAUCAACAGCAUCAGCAUCAGCAGCAUCAUCAGCACCACAUCCAGAGCCAUCAGCAGCAGAGCCUGAGACGUGGUUCGGGGGCCACCAUCAUUGAGCUGCGGCAUCGCAAGUGAUUCGCCCAUCCUUUCGAGACCCUAUGAUCCCUGUAGUCCUAUAUUCUAAAACCAUAGUCGAACUUUCUGAGGUACAUACUCGGAUAUGAAUCCCAAAUGUUUAUAUUUUCAAAAAUCGAGAAGAAUUUGUGCUUUUAACACUGUGCUUUGUAUUUUUGAUAUUGUGAUUUAAAUAAGCUCAAAAUGUUUUCUUAUGUAUGACAGUGUAGAAGCACUUAAAUUAGAAAAACUUCCCUUAACUCAAACUAUUAAAAAUAAAAGAUUUUCUCUAAGAACAAGACUAAAUCCACACUUUAGAAGAUCAUGAGAACUUCUAUAAUGAAAAUAUUGUAAAUUUCUAUUCCAACUUCUAUAAAAAACUUUAAAUCUGAGAAAGUUCGACUAUGAUCCCUGCCAGGUCACCUAAUCCCUAACUGUUUGCUAACAAAUGCUCGGCCGUGGGCUUUAGUUUCAUUUGACAAGCAGCAAAUAAAAGUAAAAGGCCAAUCAACCAAUUGAAUAUUAAAUGGGCAAUAGAAAGCUACAAAGUUGAUGGUUAAAUCGAGAAACGAAAUGCAAAAUUAAUGUUAAAUGAUUAAAGGAAAUCAAAAUAAAACGAAAGAUAAGAAAACAAAAUCUAUAUGUAACGUGGAAGCCAUUCCCACUGUCCUGCCACGCCUCUUCCAAUCGUAAUUUGAUAAUACUAUAAUGCCUACGUCUAAUUUACAUUACCUAUUUUAUCAUUUUUGUUUUUUUUUUUAAUACUAAUAUUAACGUUUGUUGUAUAGAUACCGUUAAAUGAAUAAACUAACUAAAAUAACUAAUAUUAAUUCGAUAUUAUUGUAAAAUUUUGAUUAAUAAACAAAUUGCAAUUAAAAUUAAAAUAAAGUG